AUGUCCUCAGGAGCUCUGCUGAGCAGCGGCUGCUCGUCCCCCUGCGAGGUGACCUGCCCCGAGCCCUACGUGGACGCCUGGAGCCAGCCCUGUGUCACCUCCUGCGGGGACUCCCGGGCCGUGGUCUACCCCCCUCCCGUGGUGCUGACCUUCCCAGGGCCCAUCCUGAGCUCCUGCCCCCAGGAGAGCAUCGUGGGCACCACCCUGCCCCAGCCCAUCGGGGGCAGCUCGGGGGGCUCCUACGGAGGAGGGAGUUCCAUGGGGGGAAUGGGGGGAAUGGGGGGCUCCUAUGGGGGCAGCUCCAUGGGGGGAAUGGGGGGAAUGGGAGGAAUGGGAGGCUCCUAUGGGGGCAGUUCCAUGGGGGGAAUGGGGGGAAUGGGUGGAUCCUAUGGGGGCAGCUCCAUGGGGGGCACAUAUGGGGGCAGUUCCAUGGGUGGCUCCUAUGGGGGCAGCUCCAUGGGGGGGGGAAUGGGUGGCUCCUAUGGAGGGGGCAGCUCCAUGGGGGGCUUCGGGGGCUCCUCUGGAGGGGGUAGAUCCUUUGGGGGCUCCUAUGGAUCCAGGAGGUCCUUUGGGGGCUCCUAUGGGGGCAGGAGGUCCUUUGGCUCCUGCUCCUCCGGGGGGGGUUCCUAUGGAGGGGGCAGCUGCUAUGGGGGGGGCAGCUCCUACGGGGGUUCCAGGAG